AUGUUAACAUCCAUCACCAAUUUCUUCAACGUGUUGCACAUCUGGUUCCGCCCAACCCUAGUGGCCCUGUUUAACCCUCGCCUCUCAUGGGCCAUCCGUUGGCGCACCCUUCUACUUCAACCAACCUGUCUCAUCACAUACAGUCUAGAGACGAUUCCCUACCUAUUCUCAAGACCAUUCCAGGUGGAACAUCUCCCCGUAUGGAAGGAUCGCUCAGUACGGUGUCUCGUUUUCAAGACACCUAGUCCAACUACAGGAGACAAGCUGCGGCCGCUGCACAUCGAGAUUCAUGGCGGUGCGUUUAUAGGUGGGUUUCCUGAGGGAAUGGCGCAUUUUGACGAUAAAGUUUCCCGCGAGACGGGUGCAGUUGUAGUCAGCAUCACAUACCGCUUCGCGCCAGAAAAGACGUUUCCCACGGCGAUAGAUGACGUUGACGACACCAUUCGUUGGAUCAAGAAACACGCCGCGGACCGAUGGGGAGCCGAUGCCACUCUUCUCACCAUGUCGGGAGUGUCUGCCGGCGGCAACUUGUGCCUUGCAUCGACACAGCAGCCCGAUUGCCAUGGAGCAUCGCAGACGGCCGUGAAGGCGUUUGUCGGAUUCGAUAGUGUCGUGGAUCUGCGCCUCAAUCCCAACGAUAAACCUACCCCAGAGGGAUUCCCUACAACUAAUCCCUUGGCUAUCCUUGUCCCGCUCUUCGAUGCGUAUGCUGCGCCGGCUAGAGUUAAGCAUAUUGACGACCCGCGGCUCAGUCCUAUACUGGCAAAGCGAGAGACGCUCCCCCCGCGAAUGCUUCUAACCAUUGCGGGCAUGGACAUUUUGGUAGCUGAGCAGAUGGAGCUGGCGGAGCGCGUGAAUGCGGAAGAUGUCAAGAAUGGACAAGAGCCCCGCGUUGAAACUAUGCUGGUACCGGGCAUGAUGCACGGAUAUAUCGAGAUCCCCGAUAUGCUUAUUCCUGCAGGAGUCAAAGCUAAAACCAUGGAUGCAGCAAUUCAGUUUCUCAACGAGACGCAUCGUAUCCACGGCUGGACCUGGGAUGCAUGA